AUGAAACAUUAUGGUAUUGCAUCGCUCAAGUACUCGGUCGAUGGUUGCCGUCCACUUAUACAACAUAUCGGCCGAUUGGAUCACCAGCUCGUGCUGCAGGCCUACCAGUCCAACAAACAACUGUUUGAACGUGCGUGCUAUUUGAUUGAUGCCGCGGCAGAAUCGCGAUGUCUAGAGUUGGUCGAGUACUUCCACAUAGAAUCGUUCGCCACCUCUUUGCCAUUCGCCACCACUGCCGCACUGCACAUUGCUGCGAUGAAUGGUGACUUGGAGAUCGUCACAUUCCUUCAUCUCAACAGAUCCGAGGGGAUCACUUUGAUGACGUUCGACGCGGUAUGCAAGCGUGGACACUUGGAUGUCGUCGCCUACCUGCACGAGCAUGGGAUGGACGGGGGUGCCACGCCCAUGGCCUUCAUUGGCGCAGCGUCCAACGGUCAUCUUGACGUGAUCAAGUAUCUGAUGGAACAUUGUCAACAUGUUAAGCCGACAUCCUACGCGAUGGAACAGGCUGUGCGUGGUGGACACUACGACACGAUGCGAUACCUAUUCGAGACGGCAGGCUUUAAGGACAGCAAACUACCCAAGAAUAUAAUGGAUGUGGCCGCAGCCAAUGGACAUUUGGACAUUGUGUCCUUCCUCGAUCUCAAUCACAAGUCAAUUGGCGCGACACCUGCCGCCGUGGACAAUGCCGCGAGCAAUGGUCAUCUAGUCGUCGUCAAGUACCUCACACAAAACAGGACAGAAGGAUGGACAGCAAAGGCAGUGGAGAACGCAUGUGCUGAGGGCUACCUUGAUAUUGUGCAUCAUCUGGUCCGUCUGCGGCCCGACCUUGGCGGACCGCUAUGCAUGGUCAGAGCGGUGGAGAAUGGACAUUUGGAAGUUGUCAAGCUACUCAUGGCUAAUGGCUAUCUCACCAAGUGCAAAUAUCAAUACUAUCUCGUGGAUCUGGCCGUCAAGCAUGGCAGGUUCGAGCUGACCAAGUUCCUGUUUGAGAACACCACCGGCGAGAUAUCACAAUCUUGUAUCAACUGGGCUGUACAAUUCAAUCACGCCGACAUCUUGGACUACCUCAUUAUCAACUACAAAACAACCGAUACAGUAUGGCGCAGUGCUCUCGAGGCUGGAUGCAUGGCUGGCUAUCUGGACAUUGUGCGAUGUAUAAAGAAGCAUCGACCCGCACUCGAACUGUCCGCGCUCAGCACCAACAUUGCUCUACUCGAGUCUCGUGGACGCUUCAGCAUCCUUCACUUCCUUUAUCCAGACAAUGAGCGAUGGGCACCACCUCCACGCGACUAA